AUGGAGAAUAUGACCUCCCGUAUCUCCAGUCUGGAGAAAUCCCUUGCCAAAGCCACAGAGGAAGAAGGACGAGGCCGGUCCGCUCCAAGGAUUCCCUUUUCUGAUGCCUCGAAUACCACGACCUCACCGUCGUCAGUGGCAGGAACGCACUCCGGCAAAUUGAACGAGAGAUCCAACGAGGACAUUCUUGUCCAGAAGGGGUCAUCAAGCCACUAUUUCAACGAAAUCCUUUUGUCUAGGAUUAUAGGAGAAGAGCGAAACAUCGAGUCCGUCUUGACAAGUCCACCGACAGAGCCUCCGUAUCCGCCAGCAUCCCCAUUCAAUGCCUUAGGAAUCCUCUCCUCUCCUUUCCUCUCACAAGCACCCUUCAGCUUUCAUCCGCUCACACCGGUGGCCGUGAAACUAUGGAAUAUCUACACUAACAACGUGGAGAGUUGUACAGGUACAAAAAUGCUGCAUCUCCCCACGGAUGAGUUUAAGGUUUAUUCAACCAUUAUCGAGCCACAGACGGGAUCUCUUGAGGACCUUGCUUUAUGUUUUGCUAUAUAUUUUGCGGCAACAGUCUCUCUUGACGAUCUAGAAGCUGAGGCAGCUUUGGGACAAGAUAAACGCACACAUCUACUUAGACUCAAGGUCGGUCUAGAACAAGCUUUCGCUCAGGGAGACUUUUUGGACCGUCCAACACUGACUGGGCUUCGCUCUUUGGCGAUAUAUCUAUCCGCGCUUCGUGUCCACAACCGCGGAAAAGGGAUCUGGAUUCUAAAUGGCCUUGCAAUCCGAAUUGCUCAGUCAUUGGGCCUCCAUCGCGAUGGAGAGCGACUUGGGCUCUCUCCCUUUCAAUCUGAGAUGCGUCAUCGCCUUUGGUGGCACUUCCUGAGCCGCGACGGUCGUGCGGGCGAGGAUUACGGUCUGGAAAACACCAGUGACCUGUUACUGAUGUCCAAUGUUAGCCUGCCUCUCAAUGUCGACGACGCAGACCUUUAUCCGGACAUGGAUGAGCUUCCCACGGAGAAAAAAGGCUGGACAGCCAUGAUGUUCUCCUGA